CACAACUAGCCUCUUGAGGUCAUCAGAAUGUUCUCGAGAGCCAUCCGUCAGUCGAGCCGCCGGGUCGCGGCAAUCUCUGCAUCGGGCAGAAUUGCUUCGACCCGAACCACACCCGCCUACUUCAACGCCACGAAGCAGGUCCGCGCCUAUGCCGCCGAAGCUAAGGCCGCACCCACCGAGGUCUCCUCUAUCCUCGAGCAGAGGAUCCGUGGUGUUCAGGAGGAGUCUGGUCUCGCCGAGACUGGACGUGUUCUCUCCGUCGGUGAUGGUAUCGCCCGUGUGCACGGCAUGAGCAAUGUCCAGGCUGAGGAGCUUGUCGAGUUCGCCUCCGGUGUCAAGGGCAUGUGCAUGAACUUGGAAGCCGGCCAGGUCGGUAUUGUGCUCUUCGGUUCUGAUCGAUUGGUCAAGGAGGGUGAGACCGUCAAGCGUACCGGACAGAUUGUCGAUGUUCCCGUCGGCGAGGCUCUCCUCGGCAGAGUCGUUGAUGCGCUCGGUAACCCCAUCGAUGGCAAGGGUCCCAUCAAGUCCACCGAGAGGCGCCGUGCUCAGCUCAAGGCUCCCGGUAUCUUGCCCCGUCAGUCCGUCAACCAGCCUGUACAGACUGGUCUCAAGUCUGUCGACGCCAUGGUUCCCAUCGGACGUGGUCAGCGUGAGUUGAUCAUCGGUGAUCGUCAAACUGGAAAGACGGCUGUCGCCCUCGACACCAUCCUCAACCAGAAGCGCUGGAACAACGGCAACGACGAGACCAAGAAGCUUUACUGCGUCUACGUCGCAGUUGGCCAGAAGAGGUCUACCGUCGCUCAACUUGUCAAGACUCUCGAGGAGAACGAUGCCAUGAAGUACUCUAUCAUCGUCGCUGCUACCGCUUCCGAAGCCGCUCCACUCCAAUACGUCGCUCCCUUUACUGGUACCGCUAUCAGCGAGUACUUCCGCGACAACGGCAAGCACGCUUUGAUUAUCUACGAUGAUCUUUCCAAGCAGGCCGUCGCCUACCGUCAAAUGUCUCUGUUGCUCCGUCGUCCCCCUGGGCGUGAGGCCUACCCCGGAGAUGUUUUCUACCUCCACUCUCGUCUUCUCGAGCGUGCUGCCAAGAUGAACAACAAGCUUGGUGGCGGUUCGCUCACUGCCCUUCCCAUCAUUGAGACCCAGGGUGGUGAUGUGUCCGCUUACAUUCCCACCAACGUCAUUUCCAUCACCGACGGACAGAUCUUCUUGGAGGCCGAGCUCUUCUACAAGGGUAUCCGUCCCGCCAUUAACGUCGGUCUUUCCGUGUCUCGUGUCGGUUCCGCUGCCCAGCUCAAGGCCAUGAAGCAGGUUGCUGGUUCGCUCAAGCUCUUCUUGGCCCAGUACCGUGAGGUCGCCGCUUUCGCCCAGUUCGGUUCCGAUUUGGAUGCUGCCACCAAGCAGACCCUCAGCCGUGGUGAGCGUCUUACCGAGCUCCUCAAGCAGAAGCAGUACUCGCCCAUGGCUGUGAACGAGAUGGUUCCUCUUAUCUUCGCUGGUGUCAACGGUCUCUUGGAUAACGUUCCCGUCGCCAAGAUCCUCCAGUGGGAGUCCGACUUCUUGGCUCACCUCCGAUCCAACGAGUCCGACCUUCUCGCCACCAUCGACCGCGAAGGUGCUCUCAGCAAGGACCUCGAGGCCAAGCUUAGGGACGUCAUCACAAACUUCACCAAGUCUUUCGCGUAAAUAAAGGCUUGAGGAGUGGGUGAUCUGUUCCGGUAUUUGUCGCGGGGUAAAAUGUGCUGAUCGGUCGCCGAGAUUAGAUGUAUAAUAGAAGAUGCGUCCUCGCCAUCAGCUGUCUCAAUAGGAAAGUUCUUUUUUAUCGAAAUGGCCUGAUGGUAAUUCUGCUUGAAAACUCGUUCUCAAAAUACCUCCCAGCACUACCCGAUUUUCCUUUCGUCUAGCCGCGGGUAUGGGCCUCGAUCUUUUUGGGUUGAGCGGGUGUGCUUGCUACUGUAUCUAUGCGAAUCUCAUUUUCUUUGUUCACUUCAUAAUGUGUGUUUCUGCCGUGAUGUCUCAUCUGCUUCUCAUUCGUGACAUGGAUUUUGGAAGUGCCUUUUGAGGAUCCAUCCACAUCACUUCGUACAUGUGCGAGAGGUAGGCUAAGUACCCCAGCCAGAGAGGGUCUACGAUGGUGCCACGAAGAACGUCAGGCAACGUCAUAGUGCACCAGAUUCUGCGUAUCAUAUGUUGUUGUGGCUGCUCUGGAUGCCUUGUACAAGGCAUGGAAAUCGAACAUUUUCGU